CUCUUACUGAAAGCUAAACCAGGAACCAGGAAAUGCACAAGCCUCUUUAUGUAGAAAAACAGCUGGGCUCCCUCCGCGGCAACAGAGCACCAUGGGAAACCGGCUUUGCUGCGGGGGACACUGGAGCUGCCCAUCAACUACCCAGAGGAAAAAGAAAAUGGAAAGCCAAGCAAGACGGACAUUGAAGCAGCAGCAGCAGCAGCAGCAGAAUGGCACCAAGGCCCAUGACACAACAGGACGUAUGUAUGAGCAGGUGUUAGAGAAGCGUGCGUCUCAGGAGAGGAGUCGAGGCCUUAGUUUGAAGGAGAACAGCUUACAUUAUGCAGACAUUCAAGUGUACAGCUGUACCCAGCCACGCUCUGCUCUGGAAGUGAAGCAUCUUCAGUCAGAAAAUGCUACAGAAUAUGCAACCCUUCGCUUCCCCCAGGCCACGCCCCGCUACGACAGCAAGAACGGCACCCUGGUGUGAGCCUUGGGGAGGAAGGGCCUGUUUCUCGUCAUUUCACCACUACUCCUGUGGGGAGACUUCUGCUUUGGGGAAUUGGCUGGUGGCCCAGAGAUGGCUGCCACGUUUUAAACUUAACUCCAGAACCCCAGUGAGAGUCCCCCAUUCUUGCUCUCUCCUCUAGGCCUACCUUUAAUUUGCCACCGUGAGCUUGGAGUUGUUAGGGGCUGGUUAGGGGCGGAUGGAGUUCCACAAAAAGGAGGGACUAGGAGGAGCAUGCCAAAAAUUUUUUGACCCCUACCUUUGCUCUUGCUUUCAAGAAAAGUGAAGGAAGAACAGGUUACCUCAGCACUUAAGUUGAUUUUGUUAGGCUUAAUUUAAUGGUGUCUCUUUUAUACACCUUCAAUCUAAAGCUGAAGAACAAGUGCUCUGGAAAAGCAUUCUGAGUUCUCAUACCAGCCCCCAGGGCUGGCUUGGGCAAUCCCCUCAAUGGUUGGGUCAAAGGUCUCAGAACCUAAAAAAGACAAACGAGGGCAGGGGUGAGGCGGGGAGGAAGCAAUUCCCUGACCACCGGUUACACGUAUUUCAAGUCACUGACAGCACUGCAUGACCCGGAAACUCCCUUUGGCUGGACCGUAGGCUCUCGCAGGUGCAAAGUCUCUGGGAUCAAUAAAUCGCAUAAGGAACAUG